GUGUUAAAAUUUAUUUUUGUUUUGUUAUUUAUGUUUUUUCUUUCUUUUUUAAAAAAUUUUUAUUGAAUGGUUCAAAAUUUAAUUUUUUUAUUGACUUUUAUUUUUAUAAUUAAUUUAAGUUCUUUAAAUUAUUUUAAUUAUAUUUCUUAUUAUUUUGGGUUAGAUAUAAUUUCUUAUGGUUUAAUUUUAUUAAGUUUUUGAAUUUGUGGUCUUAUAAUAAUAGCAAGAGAAAAAGUAUAUAUUUUAAAUAAUUAUAAGUCUUUAUUUAUUUUUAUAAUUUUGUUUUUAUUAUUAAUAUUAGUUUUAACAUUUAGUUCUAUAAGAAUUUUUAUAUUUUAUUUAUUUUUUGAAGCAAGUUUAAUUCCAACUUUAUUUUUAAUUUUAGGGUGAGGUUAUCAACCUGAACGAUUGCAAGCGGGGAUUUAUUUAUUAUUUUAUACUCUUUUAGCUUCUUUACCUUUAUUAAUUGGAAUUUUUUAUAUCUUAAAUUAUAUAAAUACUCUUUCUUUUAUUUUAUUAUCUAAUUAUUUUUUUAUAAAUAUUAAUUUAUUAUAUUUAUCUUUAAUUUUUGCUUUUUUAGUAAAAAUACCUAUAUUUUUAGUUCAUUUAUGAUUACCAAAAGCUCAUGUUGAAGCACCUGUAUCCGGUUCAAUAAUUUUAGCUGGUAUUUUAUUAAAAUUAGGAGGAUAUGGUUUAUUACGAAUAUUUUCUUUAUUGCAAGUUUCUGGUAUAAAAUAUAAUUAUUGAUGAAUUAGUGUAAGAUUAGUAGGAGGAGUAUUAAUUAGAUUAAUUUGUUUACGACAAACAGAUUUAAAGGCUUUAAUUGCAUAUUCUUCUGUAGCUCAUAUAGGAAUUGUUUUAAGAGGUUUAUUAACAAUAUCUUAUUGAGGGUUAAUUGGUUCAUAUGCAUUAAUGAUUGCUCAUGGUUUAUGUUCUUCUGGAUUAUUUUGUUUAGCUAAUAUUUCUUAUGAGCGAAUAAGUAGACGAAGAUUAUUAAUUAAUAAGGGAAUAUUGAAUUUUAUACCUUCAUUAAGAUUAUGGUGAUUUUUAUUAUGUUCUGGUAAUAUAGCUGCUCCCCCAACUUUAAAUUUAUUAGGAGAAAUUUCUUUAUUAAAUAGUAUUGUUUCAUGAUCUUGAAUAUCUAUAAUUAUAUUAUCUUUAUUAUCUUUUUUUAGAGCUGCUUAUUCUUUAUAUUUAUUUGCUUUUAGUCAACAUGGUAAAAUUUAUUCAGGAAUUCAUUUCUUUUCAAUAGGAAAAAUUCGAGAAUUUUUAUUAUUAAUAUUACAUUGAUUACCUUUAAAUUUAUUAAUUUUAAAAAGAGGAUUUUGUACGUUAUGAAUUUA